AUGGCCCCAAACCACGACCAACAUCUCACCGGCGGCCAAUAUCUGUGCGAGCGUCUUCCAGCGGAAAUUCUGCUCGAGAUCGGCUCGCACCUCAACAAGUCAGAUCGACUGAAGCUCCGCACAGUAUUUCCAAAGAGGCUCGCACACCUUGUCGAUGACAUGCCCAAAAACGUGCUAGACGUUCUCUACGUGGCGCCAACCAAGAUAUCUCUCGCCAACUUUGCUAGUAUCGGCAGCACCAGAUUGUUCCAGCGGCACAUCCGCCACGUGACGUUUCUUGCAAAUGGCAUGGGAAUGGAUCCGGAGUUCCGGGUUGUGGUAUACGAUGAGUUCCAGAAACUGUUCAAAGACGCUCAGGCGGAGCGGGGAGAGUCGAUUGACGAGCCUGAGCUCUGCGCGAGCUUGUUUCGCCGGUAUCAGGAGCUUACGACAGGCCACAUUCUCCAGGCUCCACUUCACCCGUGGGAUGGAAACUUCGGAAGUCUGAAUCAGGAAGAUGUCAAGGUCUUAGCCACUGGUCUUUCUUGA